AACACCCGUGAAUUCCCAAUUCCUAAAAUUUCAAAACCUAUCGAUCGAUCCACUAAGCACAGCUGCACAGAGGCGAACUGCUGUUUCCGUCGCCCGUCAUUCCUCAGGCUGCCGUCAACUGCGAUUGGCGAACUCCUCAGUCUCAUAGUCCACAGACCACCGCCAGGCUCCAGGUCCACCGCGAACUGCUGCUGCCGGCCCGCCGACGUUCCUCAGACCACUUUCAAACCUGGACGGCAGUCUCCACAAGUCACAACCAGCAAACGCAGCAACAAGUGGCCGGAAGCCUAACUAGGUGUUCUAAUUUCUCACGUACCUCAAGGCAAUAAGGCAUUGUUAACUUGUUAGACAGAAUACCAGAUGCCAUUGUCAGCCUGUAGCUGAGUAGCAGACUUGCUGUGAGUCAGCAGGCACCAUCUCAGAGACUGCUCUCAUCUUUUCCUCUCGCCUCGCCUCUGCUCUCGGCCUCUCGCGUCUGCGCCUGCCUCACCGUCAACAGUCAACCAGACGGCGCCUCUUCCUCUCCAGUCGCCACCGGCCACCGUCUUCUGCCUCAGGCCUCACCUCACCGCCUCUGCUUUGCCAACUGCGCAGUUGAUAGAGACUUCUUGAACUCCAGAACAACUAUGAUUUACACAGCAAUCGACACUUUUUACCUAACAGAUGAACAACUUAAGAACUCCCCUUCUCGGAGAGAUGGAAUAGAUGAAGCCACUGAGACUACCCUUCAAAUCUAUGGAUGUGAUCUUAUCCAAGAAAGUGGAAUUUUGUUGAAACUACCUCAAGCUGUUAUGGCCACUGGUCAAGUACUAUUCCACCGCUUUUACUGCAAGAAGUCAUUUGCUCGUUUUAAUGUGAAGAGGGUUGCUGCUAGUUGUGUGUGGCUUGCCUCAAAACUUGAAGAGUGUCCUAGAAAAGCCAGGCAGGUCCUCAUUGUUUUCCACAGAAUGGAAUGUCGGAGGGAGAAUUUAACCAUAGAACAUUUGGACACCUCUUCAAAGAAAUAUGUUGAUCUGAAGGCAGAUUUGAUCAGAACAGAAAGGCACCUUCUGAAAGAGAUGGGUUUCAUCUGCCAUGUUGAACACCCCCACAAAUUUAUAUCAAAUUAUAUUGCAACUCUUGGAAUGCCUGAUGAACUGAGACAGGAAGCAUGGAAUCUUGCAAAUGACAGUUUGCGCACAACUCUGUGUGUUAGAUUUAAGAGUGAAGUUGUGGCUUGUGGAGUUGUGUAUGCUGCAGCCCGUAGAUUUCAUAUACCCUUGCCUGAGAAUCCUCCAUGGUGGAAAGCAUUUGAUGCAGAUAAGGCUGGGAUUGACGAAGUUUGCCGAGUUUUGGCCCAACUUUACAAUCUUCCAAAGGCACAGUAUAUUUCUGUAUGCAAGGAAAGUGGUUCGUUUUCAACAUCAAAUAGAUUAUGGGAUUCACCUUCUCAGCCAGUGCCGAAGGAAGUGGCAUCAAAUGGCCCUUCUGUAAAUGAUGACACUGGUACUCCAAAGGGGGCUUCUGCAGCAAUGAGUCAGGAAUCUGGUAAAGAUGCAGUAACCAGGGCUCCUCUUGAGAAGGCAAAGGAAUCAAAGAGUGAUGAAGAGUCUAAAAGCGUGCCUUCUGAAGGAGAGGCAAAGGAAGAACCAGGUUCAAAAUCAAUAACUGUGCAUAAAGCUGAAGCAGGUGGAGAAAAGGCCAAGGACCAAGAUAAGGACAGAGACAGGGAUAAGGAUAGAGGCAGGGAGAGGAAGAAGGAAAGAUCAAAGUCAUGGGACCGUGAUAGGGGAAGGGAAUCUGACAGGGAAAGGGAGCGAGAGGAUAUUGAAAGGGAAAGGGAUAGGGCCAAGGGGAGGGGCUAUCAUUCAAGAGACAAAGGGCACCUGGAGAGGUCAAAACGUCACUCUUCUCGAGAUCGUGACUAUCAUAGUUCCUCGUAUUCAUCAAGGGAGAAGGAUCGCCGCAGACAUCACUAAUGUACAAUCUUUGAACUGGAAGAUGAGUUUGUACUUUUAGCAUUUCAGUUGGCUGGUAGACUGGUAGUUAUGGUAUGAAAAGAGUUUACAGUUGUGGUGCUUAGGUGUUAUCUGCUAUACUUGUUUGUAUUACACCCGAUUAAUUAUCUGUAUAAUGAGAAAAGAACUACUUUUAGCAAGUAUAUUCAUACAGGAUCAAACUUAAUUUUUGUUGAAUCUCUUUUAGAGCCUGAACCAUUUUGGUAUACUGUCCAAUUUUAGAAUUUAGACAGCAUUGUUAA